UGAGCUGGCAUUGCACACUGCCUAUGUGUUUCCUUAUGUGUUGCCGUACUGUUUUUUGUGGCGUCUGAUGUCACUAGUGUCGGCCCAGGAUCGUAUGCUGCUGCUUUUCCUGUAUAACUCACCAUGGCUUCUACUAACAUGAGAAGGGGCAUCCAACGCACCGUAGUGACGCUUGGGCUUGCUCUCGUACUGAUUGGCGUGGUGCUGCUCACGGUCUCUGAAAGAGCCUUCAUCAUGGGCAUCUGUUUUUUGGCAGUUGGAAGCUUUGGAAUUUUGUGCUAUCUGAUUGUGACCAUUUCAUUCUGCAUUAAAAAGGCAGAAAGGGAAGAGGAUGAAGCCAGCCAGGCUGAGGCCCAGACCCAGAGUGCAAGGCAGCCGCAGGCACAAACCGAAACGGACACAAGGCAGUUUGAUGCCCCCCGCUAUGAAGAUGUGAUACUUUACAGGUCAGCCACAGUAUGGACAGUGACACUUGGACCACCACCAGGCCCAGAUCCUGAACCCCCUCCAUAUAGUGCAUUAGCCAGCGGUAGGAUGGAGGCAGUUGGAGAUUUGAGACUUCAUCACCCCACUUUGUACAGAAUCAGUUCUGACAUCCAUGAGUUCAAGGGAGUUUUCACCGGUGAGAGACAUCUAGAGCCACUGACCCCUCCUCCCUCCUAUGAUGAGGCUUUCAAACCAUGGGAUGAUGUAUUUGAGCCAUCUCAGUGAUAGAGGAUAGUCUUUAGGACAGUGUGAUUAAUGUGAUGCUCUGAAGGAUGUGUAUGUACGAUAGCUAGCAAUUAGAUUUAUGCUAGACAAUAUGUAAGAUAGAAGAGAUGCAGGAUACAUGAUAGACAAGAUUCUGCAGGACAGAGUGACAAAAACUACCCACUGCAAACUACAUGAAGAGCAAUGCUUUGCAGGGCAGAGUGACAGAUGACACCUGUUGCAGGAUACAUGAAGAAAAAUGCUCUGCAGGACAGAGUGACAGAUGAUACCCACUGCAGACUAUAUGAAGUACAAUGCUCUGCGGGCAGAGUGACAGAUGAUACCCACUGUAAAUUAUAUGAACAGCAAUGCUCUGCAGGGCAGAGUGACAGAUGACACCUGUUGCAGGAUACAUAAGGACAAUGCUCUGCAGGGCAGAGUGACAGAUUAUACCAUUUGUAGGAUACAUUAAGACAAUGCUCUGCAGGGCCAGAUAUUCAUUGCAGGAUAUGAAUCAUAAAGUUCUACAGGGUAGAUUGACAUAUGAUUCCCACUGCAAGAUACAUGCAAUAUUCAUUACUCUGCAGGAAGGAUAAUACCCACUGUAUGAU